GAGCAUGCCCGGAUGCACGCCAAGCACCGGGGCCACGAGGCCAUGCACGCCGAGAUGGUCCUCAUCCUGAUCGCCACGUUGGUGGUCGCCCAGCUGCUCCUGGUCCAGUGGAAACAGAGGCACCCUCGCUCCUACAACAUGGUGACCCUCUUCCAGAUGUGGGUGGUCCCCCUCUACUUCACUGUCAAGCUGCACUGGUGGCGAUUCCUGGGCAUCUGGGUUUUCUUCUCGGCCGUCACGGCCUUCGUUACCUUCCGAGCCACUCGGAAGCCCCUCGUCCAGACCACCCCCAGGUUGGUCUACAAGUGGUUCCUCCUCAUCUACAAGAUCAGCUACGCCAUAGGCAUCGUGGGCUACAUGGCCGUCAUGUUCACCCUCUUCGGCCUUAAUUUAUUAUUCAGAAUUAAACCGGAAGACGGCAUGGACUUUGGGAUCUCCCUGCUGUUCUACGGCCUCUACUACGGAGUCCUGGAACGGGACUUUGCGGAGAUGUGUGCGGAUUACAUGGCCUCCACCAUCGGGUUCUACAGCGCCUGCGGGAUGCCCACCAAGCACCUCUCGGAGAGCGUCUGUGCCGUCUGCGGGCAGCCGAUCUUCGUGGACGUCAACGAGGAAGGGAUCAUCGAGAACACCUACCGGCUCUCCUGCAACCACGUGUAUCCUUCCACGGGGCACACACGCUUGGCUACUGACUCACACUUACGACGGUCGCUGGCUCCGGGGCCUCCAAUUGCUCCAAAUACUCAGCAGCUGACCCAGCAAGAUAAUUUGAUAAUUUGA